ACAGAUUUCUCAUUUCCUGUUAAAUUCACGUGGUUGUGGCCCCGAGUUCGGAACAGAUCAACACGAUGGCAAACUUGUACAUGAGAAAAGCAAGCAAGAGGCAGUCUGCCAGGCAUAGAUACAAAGUUGAGAAGAAGGUUAGACAACACAAGAAAAAAGUGAAAAAAAUGGAAAGGAAAAACGGCAGCAAGAAGCUGAAAAAGGAUCCAGGAAUUCCAAACAGUUUGCCAUUUAAAGAGAGUGUUUUAAAAGAAGCACAGGAGAGAAAACAAAGGCUGGAGGAAGAACAGCAGAAACGAAAACAAAAACGGAAAAAGGAUAAAGAAAGAAAUCUAGCAAAGAAAAGGAAUUUGGAAGGGAUUUUAAAAGAUGCACAGAAAAGGAGCGGAGAAUUUGAAAAGAAGAAAAUUGGGACAGCAUCAGAUGGCAAAGCCUCCGGGAAAGCCGUGGAGACAUCUCUUAAGGCUUUUUACAAAGAAUUCAGAAAGGUGGUGGAUGCUGCUGACGUGGUGCUGGAGGUGUUAGAUGCACGUGACCCUUUGGGGAGCAGGUGUGCCCAGAUGGAGGAAGCUAUUAUCAGCAGUGGUGCCAAUAAACGUUUGGUGCUGGUACUUAAUAAAAUAGAUCUUGUUCCUCGAGAAAAUGUGGAGGCCUGGCUGACUCACUUACGAAAUGAGUUCCCCACAGUGGCCUUCAAGGCCUGUACACAGACACAGACAGAAAACCUAAGUCAGAAAAAGGUGACCUUGGCCACAGUAAGUGAUGAUGUUCUCAAGUCAAGUCACUGUAUAGGAGCGGAGAUACUGAUGAAACUGCUGGGAAACUACUGCCGGAGUAAAGACAUCAAGACAGCGAUACGAGUGGGUGUGGUCGGGUUCCCUAACACAGGGAAGAGUAGUAUUAUCAACAGUCUCAAGAGAUGCAAGGCUUGUAAUGUCGGAUCACAACCAGGAAUUACAAGAGCCAUGCAGGAGGUACAGUUAGACAAACACAUAAAGCUACUGGACAGUCCAGGGGUUGUUAUGGCGACAGGAGCUAGUGAUAUGUCUGUGAUAUUAAGGAAUUGUGUCAAGUUGGAGACUUUAGAAGAUCCUGUGGGACCUGUUGAAGCUAUAUUGAAACGUUGCUCUAAAGAACAGUUAAUGCUUCAUUACCGAGUGCCAGACUACAACAACACCAAUGACUUUUUGGCUUUACUAGCAAAACGCUUUGGGAAAUUAAAGAAAGGAGGAAUACCUGAUGUUGGGAAAGCUGCCAAAACAGUUUUACACGACUGGACAUGUGGACGGAUCACAUACUACACACAGCCCCCAGAACAGCACUCCCUACCAACACACAUCAGUGCUGCAUUUGUUACAGAGAUGGGCAAGGAAUUUUGUGUGGAUGACCUUCUGGCACAGGAACAAAAGAACCUUCAAGGGUUAGAGUCCAGAAGUCACAAACACAUGUUGGUGGACUCCCUGGGGGCGGCCAAGGUCAUCAUGUCGGAGUCCGACCUUGAGGCCUUGGACACACAGAUGGAGAAUGAAGAGAAACAGGAGGAUUACGAGUUUGAUGAGGAAGAAGAGGAUAUGGAGGAUUCAGACCUGGAAGAGGAAAGUGAUGAAGAUGACAUGAUGAAACAGAUGACAGUGUCUAUCGAAUCCAAAAAGAAAGGUACUGGAGGCAGAACCCCAAAGAAGAAUAAGGGUAGAGUAGAGAGGAAACCUGUGGUAGGGUCAGCAGAGAAACACAAAUUAAGGGUGAAAGCCAAGACAUCUAAAGGAGAUAAGAAGGAGGCACAAGAGAAACUCAAUAGUGGGCUAUUACAGCUUAACAAACAACGGAAACAGGAUUUCAAAAAAAUGAAGAAACAGAGGAAAAGAGCAGAUAAAGUUGCUGGAGAACUUUCUACUGCCAUGUCGGAAGCAUUUAGUUUUGGUAUGGACUAGAUACAGGUGGACAAGAUACAGGUGGACUGUUACAGGUGGACUAGAUACAGGUGCACUAGAUACAGGUGGACUAGAUACAGGUGGACUAGAUACAGGCGGACUGUUACAGGUGGACUGUUAAUGGAUUUCUGUUAUUUCCUGGGGAGGAAGGAGAAACUUGUGAAAAGAAGAUUGUAAACUGUUAUAAUAUUAAACUUAUCUCACAUUG